AUGCCAUCACACGAACAUGAGAUCCAGCAAGUUGAAAACGCAUUGACGACAAUGUACUCCAAUGCGUCACGAGAGGAGAAGGCCACAGCUACUCAUUUCUUGGAAAACUUUCAGAAAUCAAGCGAUGCAUGGCAAAUCACCCAUGAAAUCUUGAGUAAUAAGAAUAACGGCUCAAACAUACAGUUGCAACUCUUUGCGGCACAGACGCUAAGAUCUAAGAUCAUUUAUGACUUGUCGUCACAAAUCCAACCCGAGAAUUAUCCCGCUUUGAAGGAAUCUGUGUUGAGUUUGAUCAAGUUGUACAAUGGGAAUGGUGAAAAAUUAAUUCGUACUCAACUAUCAAUUGCAUUAGCUCAGUUGGCAUUACAGUAUUUGACUUGGGGUGAUGCCAUGAGUGAAAUAGUGGCAAAUUUCACCCUGUCUAGUGAUUUAACAUUGGUUUUGUUGGAGUUUUUAAAAGUAUUGCCCGAAGAGCUUUCUGAUGUGAAAAAGUCGCAUUUGAGUGACGAAGAAUAUAACAAGAGAUCAUCGGAGUUGAUUACAGAUCAAGUUGAAUCGGUUGUGUUGACGUUGAAAAACCUUGCCGAGAGCAACUCUAAUAACGACCCAGUAUUGAACGCAGCCAUUUUGGAUGCUUUAAACAGUUGGAUUACCGAGUGCCCUAUUGACAAGAUUUUAUCUGUUCAUUCCUUGACGUCGUUAGUGUUUCAAAGUUUGUCCAAUGAUGCCACAUUUGACAAGGCCAUCGAUUGCUUAGUCACUAUUAUUCGAGAAACCCGUGAUAUUGACAACCACGAGAUCAUUGAUGCAUUGUAUCAACAAAUUUUACAAUUGAACAAAUUUAUGCAUGAGAACCCAGAUAGUUUGGAAGAAUCGGAAAAAGUCGAUGGAUUGACCAGAUUAUAUGUUGAGUGCGGAGAGUCCUGGAGCGCAUUGAUUGCGAGAAACCCACAACAUUUCAAACCAUUGGUUGAAAUUUUAUUGAAUUGUUGUAAAUACGACGACGAUUUGGAUAUAGUCAAGUAUACCUUCCAGUUCUGGUUCUUGUUGAAGCAGUUGAUUGUUUUACCAAAAUUUCAAGAAGCGCGCCAGAUAUUGAGCGAUUGUUAUCUUGAACUUAUAUCAGUCAUAAUCAAACAUUUAACUUACCCAAUUGCGGCCAAUGAUGACAACCUUUUCAACGGGGACAAAGAACAAGAGGACAAGUUCAAAGAGUUCCGAUAUGAAAUGGGAGAUGUAUUGAAGGAUUGCUGUGCUGUAGUUGGUGCUUCACGAGCAUUGCAAAUCCCUUUCAGCCAAAUACAAACCAUCUUGUCCAAUUCACAGGGCCAUUGGCAAUACCUUGAGGCUCCUUUGUUUUCGAUGAGAACAAUGGCGAAGGAAGUGCCCACUAAGGAAAAGACUAUACUUCCAACAAUCAUGUCACUUUUGGUACAACUACCGGAACAUCCCAAGAUUAGAUACGCUGCAACAUUGGUUUUGGGUAGGUACACUGCAUGGACGGCUAAAAACCCCGAGUUUUUGGAACCGCAAUUGAAUUACAUCACCAAAGGAUUUGAAGGGGCCAACAACAAUGAGAUAUUUAUGGCCACGUCUCAUGCGCUUAUGUAUUUUUGUCAAGAUUGUUCGGAGUUGUUGGUCAACUAUCUUGAACAGUUGUACUUGUUGUAUGGACAAGUGAAGGAUAAAAUUGAUCUUGAGUCGAAUUACGAGUUGACUGAUGGUAUUGCCCACGUUGUUGCCAAAGUCCCCGAAGACAACUUGUACAAGAUUUCGGAUAUGUUUUUGGAGCCUUCUUUGCAAAAAGUUGCAGAAUUGAACUUGGGUGGCGAUUCUGAUGAGGCGAAUACUCAAAUCACAGAUCAGUUGGAGAUUGUGAUUAUCUUUCUACAAGUUUUGAAAGUGGAUGAGUUUGACAAGCCAAGUCAUCCAGUUGCCUCCUUGUUUAUUGAAAAGAUCUGGCCAUUGCUAACUUCCAUCUUAGAGAAAAGAGCCUCGGUAUUGAAAGUUAGUGAGAAAUGCAUGAAGUUGGUGAAAGUGGCAAUUGAGUCUUUUAGUUCGUAUCUUAAUUCCGUGUUGCCUCAAAUUGCCAAAAUACUACACCAAGGCUACAAGCAAACUCAACUUGGUUGUUAUUUGUGGGUCUCGGGUGUUGUGAUUAGAGUAUUUGGUGAUGAUGAAUUUUCGUCACAAGAAAUCACAUCAGCUGCUUAUAAUUUUGGACUUGAACAAUGCCAAUCGUUUUUUGAACAGUUUUUCAAUAAAAAUGAAGGCCAAAUCAAACAAAUUCCCGAUGUUAUCGAAGACUUUUUCCGUAUGUUGAAUGACUUGUUGAUGUUUUUCCCAUUUAGGUUGAUCCCCACAUUGGAUCUCCUUGAUUCGAUAAUUAAAACUGCGAAAAUUACAUUGACGGUUGUUAAUGAGUACAACCCCAUCAUUUCCUGCAUCCAUUUCCUUAUUGACUUGAUAUCUUGGGGAUUGCCACAUCCACCUAUUUCGUUGUUUGAAAGUAGGGAUACUACACCCUUGAGGGAAUGUAUUAAACAGUUCAUAACUGUCAACAAUCAUGGUGGCGAAUUGAUAAAGGUUGUGUUAGAUGGACUUAUCUUCAAAUUCCACAUUGAUGUUCAACAAGAUGCAAGUGAUUUGCUUUUGAAAAUAUUGGUUGUGACGCCAUCUGUCGAUUUAGCAGUCAAUUGGCUACGUGAGGUUGUGUCGAGUUUGCCUGACGUGCAAAGCAAUGAAGUAAAUCGGUUGAUUGAGACGGUGUCGGUGGCUAUACCAAAUAAGGAUAACAGAAGAGUACGGAGUGCAUUGAGGGAUUUCAUUAGUUGGUACUCUCGAAAGAACGUGACUCCUCGAUCUGAGAUAUAA